CGGCGGCCAUUGCCAACCACCAGUCCACUCACCAUCACUAGCUACUCUUCUCUUGUCGCUUGCUCUCUCUCUAUAUAUAUACCAGAAGCACCAGAAGUUGCUGCUCUCUGUGUGCCGGCCGGUCGUCGUCGUCGUCUGAGCAUCCAGCUGGUGAGGUGAGGUGAGGUGAGGUGAGUAGACAGCAAUGGCGGCGCAGCAGCAGCAGGGAAGAGGCAGUGGAGCUGCGGUGGUCGUUGCGGCGGCGGUGCUCCUCUGCGUGCUCCUCCAAGCCCACGUCGCGGAGUCGGCCGUGUUCACCGUCGGCGACCGUGGCGGCUGGAGCUUCAACACCAACACCUGGACCAACGGCAAGCGCUUCAAGGCUGGGGACGUCCUAGUGUUCAAGUACGACUCGACGGCGCACAACGUGGUGGCGGUGAACGCCGCCGGCUACAAAGGCUGCUCCGCGCCCCGCGGCGCCAAGGUGUACAAGUCCGGCAACGACCGCGUCACGCUCGCCCGCGGCACCAACUACUUCAUCUGCAGCAUCCCCGGCCACUGCCAGUCCGGCAUGAAGAUCGCCGUCACCGCCGCCUGACUGAUCGACGACACCGCCGCCGCGUGAUAUACAUAUAUAUACAUCUAUCUAUCGACUAGCUGAUUGUCAGUUCGAGUGACUCAUAUGGACUUUUGUUAUUACCAUCGUUGUUUCAUGGAUUGUCCCUCUACAUGCAUGCGCCGCGCGUAUGAUUGAUGUGAAUCCUUAUACGAAUAAACCGCACCGUCAUGAUUCUGUUUCAUGGUGUAAUCUGUGAAGUAACAAUGUGUGUGACGAGUGUUUCUGUUGUU